AUGGAGUCUGGAACUCUCACCUUUGCCCGUCCCGACUCCUGCAUGGUUAGACGUGGAAGUAUUAGUAGAGGAAUUGUUGGGGAUUAUCGAAGAUCGGAGUCAACUUCCACGGGCUCCCGAACUCCCCUGUCUCCAACUCGACGAAAUCGUGUUUCCAAUGGACCCAAAAGUUCCCAAUUGGCGUCUUCUUUCUUUUCAGAACAAGGAAAUUCUUCUUUCGGGGAAAUUUUCACCGCCGUUCUUGGAUCCAAACUUGCCAAACAGCCAUUGCCUAAAUGUCCACAACAGAAAGUCGAAGUAUCCCAUUUGCCCAGGUCUAAAAGCACUUCAGCAUUUACUGACAAGAGACCUUCAGGUCGGACUUUUCUA